AUGAAGCUUCAGCUCAGCACGUCGGCCUUGCUCGUGUGGCUGACUGCAUACAUACACGCCGCGGAAAUUAUCGAGAACAGCUCUGAAAUCCACAAAAGAGGCCUUGUUAUAGACGAUCAGCCAGUCAUCGGCGAAGCUACGGUUGCCCGCACUAUUGGCGACAGCACUUCUGCCGAUGAUUCAUCCGCCAUUGCCGCUGCUGUCGCUGCCGCUGUAAAUCCCGAGCUUGCAUCCAACCAAAUAAUUCAGUCGCCCGCGGUGAUGCUUGAUAACACACUAUCGAACCUCCGCGGCUCGUCUCUCGGUUAUUUGCAACUCCAGCAGGCACUCAACUCGCCACAUUUUAUGCUGAAUCCGGGUGUUGGUAUUCCACCGGGGAUGCAGCGCUUUGCCAAUUUGCCUCAGAUCGUGCUCCAAGCUCCGCCUGCAGCUCCUGUUGCACCAGUCACUAUUGUGCAAACCGUCUCUGUCACGGCUACUGCACCGGUGUCUACCUUGACGUCACAGACAGCUGCGGCGCCUGUGACCACCACAGUAUUUUCUGCUGCCACCGUGGCGAUAACGCAGUACGCUGUUCACGACAUUGUUACGGUUACCGCCCCUGCACCGGUGGUUGUUACUGUCUUUGAGUCCGUAGCCACGCCUGUUGCAGCCGUUGCCCCCGCAGCGGUACCUGCUCCCAUAGCUGUUGCCGCACCUGUUGCCGCACCUGCAGCAACAGGUGCGGCUGCUUUUUUUGCGCAGCUUCCUUACCCGGAUGUCACGCUUAAUCAGGCUGUGGCAGCUGCAGCAGUGGUCGCCACAACUGCACCUUCCGCAGUAGUAGCUGACCCAGUGGCAGCCAUGGUGCUUGCGCAGCAACAGCUCUAUCCAGCUGCCAUUGGGGCCCAGCAGCAGGUUGCCCAGCCCUUGCUGGCUCAAGUUCCCACAGCCGCACUUGCUUUUGCUCCCGCUGUCGCUGGCGCGAUUCCCACAGCCUCCAUUCUUGGCUCCAACCAGAACGCCCAGCCUGUCCUGCUGCCAAUUGAUUCACAGUUGGCUGAGCUUUUGUCACGGUCUGGACUCGCGUCGGCUCUGUUGUCUGAUUCUGGUGCAGCCCCCCUUGGUGCCGUUGAUGACAACACAGCCGAUAGUAGCCAAGACGUAUCUGCUGCCAUUGACGAAGAUGAUGUGUACGUUGCCCCGCCCCAAUCCCCCAAGACCCUUGCUAGGCACAUGGCUCCACGCACCAACAAUCGCAAGAGCAAGCUUACUGUCGAUGCUGACGCUGAACUGGAUUCUGCCAGUGCUGAUGUUGCCGAAGAAGACGCCCCACCUGCAAAGCCUGCAGCUAAUGUCAGCGCGCCCCGCAAAAACAAGGUUAUCGCAAAGACUGCUGGCACUGGCACUGCCAAGAAAGCCGCCGCAUUGAAGAGCACUUUGGCAGCAGCAGCAUCCGCAGCCAAAGCCGAUACCGAUGAGUCUGCGGCAGCCGACCUUAACAUUUCAGACGUACCCAACAUGCGCUUUCGGGCCAGCAGCGGUUCCACCGAGGAAACCCUUAAUUUUGAGGCUGAAGUCAACUCUGUCCCCGCUGUAGCAGUCGAUGCUGAAAACGAAUACGAGUUAUCUUGCGCGCGCGCGCUCGGUACACGCGGCAGAGGAACGGUGACCAACUUGAAGGAUGAGGCAUCUAAAGUCCGGGCAGAGGCAUCCGCCGAAGCCCGCGAGGCAGUUCUUUCCGAAAUAAGGGCGGAGGCUUCUGCCCAAGCCGCGCUGCAGGCGUCUUCGGAGCUGCGCCUUAGCGGAAAAACUGUAGUUCACGAUGAGGCCGCCUAUUCCGAACGCACAACCAACAGCUACAAUGUCGAUCGUGAGUACCGCAAGAAGACGCAGACAAGCUACGACGAGGAGACCCAGCGCUCAUGGGCUCCGGAGACUGAGGCUAACUACAUUCUGGGAAUCGAGCGGUAUCAAAUAACCAGAAGCAAGAGCGCCGACUUUGAUACCUGGAACUACCACCACCAGUCUGACUCGUGGGAGAACAAACCCAGCCUGAACUACGAUGACACCCAGUCCCCGCCCUACCACCCAUAUGCGACGUCCUCAUAUGAUCAGUCUCAGGCAAAUUAUGGCGACUAUAACGAGAGACCUCAGAUAAAGUACGCUGACUCAUAUGGCCACAUGCAGUCCAAUUACGGUGACGAGCUCGCAACCAACGGCAACUGGAAGUUGCACUAUGAUGGCGCCAGCCCCACCAUGUAUCCAGCCUCUGACGCGUCCAGUUACAUAAACUACAACAGCGAUCCCUGUCCAUACACAAAUCCAUACUACACCAACAGCUACAGCAACCACCAAGGCGAGAGCCAUGCCGGGUACAAUGGCUAUGAUGCACAGAUCAGGCCAUUUAACUUUGUCAACAUGCGUUUUGACGCUGCUUUGGCUCGUGAUGCUGCUGGUGUCAGUGUCGAUGCACCCUGGUCUACAAUUUCAGCUGCUUCUUUGGCCUCGGCUAGCAACAUUCCACUUGCAGUUAAUGAACUUGAUCCACUCAGCUAUGCCACUGAGCCAUGCUCGUUCAGGAAAGAUAUGCCGCUGAUGAUUUCUGAAACCCCCAUGUCAGCAUGUCCGAGCGUCAUGAUCAUUGGUGUCCCGCAGCAAACCAUGCCUGUUAGUGUGCCCGUCAACAUGCCUGCUCCUCAGGCCGCCACAGUCACCAAGCUUGUCACUCAGGCGGUCAAGUUUGUGCUUGCCAGCAACAGCAACAACAAAGACGACGAAGAUUCGGACUGA